GUCGAUAUAUACGCCACACUGAACGAAGGUUGGGAAAGUACCCUCGCCGCUUUUGGAGCUUUGCCGACAACAUGCGCAAGUCAACUGGCCUCCCCGGGACUAUUCGGUAUAAGGAUAAUUGUGCACACUCGCCAUUAGAUAUUUGUGAACUGUUCGCCACGCGUUUCGAGGAUAGCUUCAUCUCUAACAUCACACAUCCGGAGGCUGUUGCUUCCGCACUCGUAAACACUCCGGCAGAUGCAAUUCAUGUCACGCUACCUAUCGUCACCGAGACCCUGGUUACCCAAAAAAUCGAGCGUCUCAAGUCGUCAUACUCCGAGGGGGCAGAUGGUAUCCCAGCGACAAUUCUCAAGCGUUGUGCCGUAUCGGUAGCUCCUGUUUUAACUAAGAUUUUUAACGAAUCUCUGCGCACAGGAACCUUUCCAUCACUGUGGAAGGUCUCAUGGCUAACACCCAUCCACAAAAAGGGCAGCAAAAACGAAGCAGUGAACUAUCGAGGUAUUACCUCUUUAGCUGCCUGCGCCAAAGUGUUCGAGCUCCUCAUCUAUGAAUCAUUAAUAGCAUCUGCCGGCAAAUACAUCAGCACCAACCAACAUGGAUUCAUGCCUAAGAGAUCAACUACGACAAAUCUGAUGCAAUUCGUUAGCGGCUGUUAUAAGUCCAUUGAUGAUGGUAUGCAGGUUGAUGCCAUUUACACGGACAUUAAGGCGGCUUUUGACAGUGUGUCCCACAACAUUUUUCUGGCAAAAUUGAUAGACUUGGAUUAUCACCACCCCUGGUAAAGUGGAUGAAAUCGUAUUUAUGUGGUCGUUCGUAUGCAGUUAGAAUGGGCUCCCACCAAUCUAGAUCUAUCGGUGCCUCUUCCGCCGUACCCCAGGGCAGCAACCUGGGGCCUCUGUUGUUUCUGCUCUACAUAAACGACUUGUGCACGGCACUCCCGGAUAAUAGUUGCCUACUCUACGCAGAUGAUGCUAAAAUCUAUCGUGAAAUCCGUGAGCCCGAGGACCAUCUUCAACUUCAAACCACUUUGACUGAAUUUGUCUCCUGAUGCAAGCGUAACGCACUAAGCGUCUGUAUCGAUAAAUGCGCCAUAAUCUCAUUCAGCCGUUCAAGAGCUCCAGCGCUGUUUAAUUAUACGCUUGAUGGUCAGAACCUCGAAAGAGUGAAUUGUGUAAAGGAUCUAGGAGUCCUCCUAGAUGCUAAACUCUCCUUCGAAGAACAGAUAGACCAAGUAGUCGCUAGUGCCAAUCGUCUACUUGGCUUGGUCAUAAACAUGACGCGCGAGCUUCGUGAUCCUAUGUGUUUCAAGACACUGUACUGCGCACUUAUCAGACCACUGCUGGAAUAUGCUAGGAUUGUUUGGUGGCCAGCAUCUACUCGGGCACUUGGGCGGCUAGAAUCCAUCCAACGGGAGGCAACGCGCUUCGCCCUUCGUGAUUGGCCGGAACCAUCGAUUGUCCCGAGUUGCUUUCAAAGAUUCACCUCUAUGUUCCUGCCAGAAUACUCCGUCGCCGACCAAUGCUGGCAGUCGCUGAAACCCGAACAACAUUUGGCUCUCGGAACCCCCUUCUUUGUAUGUGCCGUCUAUUAAAUUCAGCAGACGAUUAGAACGGUCAAAAAAUUUAAAAUUA